ACGGCUGGCCAUGGUUGGCUUGCCAUCGCUAGCGCUCUCAUCUCUAAUGGCAACAGAAACAUAGGAAAAAAAUUGCAAACAACAUUUAAAAGUCCCUUUUUAUGUUUGAGUAGAUUUUAGUUUCAGUUUUGUUUUCCUACACACACAACACAUACCGAUAUAUAGACACAAAACAGCCAUACGAUCCCAGCGAUGGAGACAACGUGUCCAGCGAUGUCGGAGCUGCUGUCGUUGACGAUGACGAUGCAGGGCGAGGCUGGAGACAUCUGGCAGAGCAGCAACACCACUAGUAACAGCGUCCGCCCCGAUUUGGGUCAGACCUCGCUGUUCCGCCUGGACGGGCAGGUGAUUCUGCCGCCGCUGAUGACGAGCGCCAAGAAGCGGGAGGCACAACUGGCACGUCAGCGGGCCAAGCAGCUGGAGGAGCAGCGAAGUCGUAGCAGUCAAGGCAGUCGUAGCAGUCGUACCAGUCAAGGCAGUCACAGCAUGGCCAGCCCGCGAAGCGGUCUGUCUCAGACGCAGACCUACAUCUAUGACAGCACCAGGCAGGGUCAACAGCAGCAGCAGCAGCACCGGGGACGACCACAAACUCUGGGCUUCGAUGUGCCCACCAUUCAGGUAAACCCACCAACGCCGCUGAUGCAGACUCAAACGCCAACGUUGCCUCUGUCGCCGGAGCGCCGCCUGCAGCCAAACAAGAUCACAGAGCGGAUACAGCAGUUCGAGCAGAGCGGCAUCGGUGGCCAUAUAGGACAAAUCCUACGCUCCAGCACUAGUCCAGCGCUGGCCGAGCCACAUCUCAGCCCGCAGGGAAAGCCAGUAGCAAAGAACACGGUUAAGCUACCGCCGCCAGUGCAGGAGCCAGUGGCAUUGCAACGCUCCAGGAGCUUCACGCUGGAGCAGCCAUCGCCUGCGCUGGUGGAGAAUAUGCGAAGGCAAGGCUACAGUCCCAAUUUCCAGCGCGAGACCAUCGAGUCACAGGCCAAGCGUGUGGUGCGCCAGCCUAGUCCGCCCAAUCCCAACACUAGCACUUCCCUGAGCAGCCGAAAGGAUCAAGAGCGCGAGCGUGAAAUCGAGCGAAUGAUUGAGCUGGUAAUGAACAAAUACGGCCUGGUGGAGGCCAGAAGGCGUGGCUGGGUCCGUCAAUAUUUGCGCGGCCAUCGUGAGCCCAUGGAUCGUCUGAUGGAGUACCAGGAGGGAGAGCGUCGUCGCAUGCAGGCCGCCUUCGAGGAGCAGCAGCGCCAGCUCAUCGAGCAGCUGUGCGCCCAGCUGGAGAAUCCGGACAGGAGCAACAGCAGGCUUAGCGACAGUAGCAGUAACAGCAACAGCAGCACUAACUCGUCCGCCACAACAUGUUCGACCAGCCGCACCAUCACACUAAGCAUAACCUCGCCACGCAACUGCCCCGAACUUGAUGGAUUCCUUGCAGCGGACAUCGCUCCUCCAACUUCUGCGGCGCGCAAGUGCCUCUUUAGCCCGCACCCAACACCGUCUCUCGGCUAUGAGUCGGAGCCGCAACUUCUGGGCGAUAGCAGUACCGCGUCAAGCACGCCACGUUUAUUACCGCUGAGAAAUAGCAGUCUUACCAAUAGCAGGCGACAGGCAACAGGAGCAGCUGGUGCUGGUGGCGUUACCAAGAAAACAGCGCCAGGACGACGCAUCCAACCGAAGGUGUCCAGUCCUACAAAGUCAUUGCCAACGUCGAGACCAGGAACGGGAGCAUCUAAUGCUUCUGCAGCUGGUGCUGGUUCGGGUCGUAGAAAGAAUGUCACUGCUGUAGUCAGCCCAAAGAAGAACCUUCAGGGAGAGUCGUCACUCCGCCUGCCCAAAGCGAGUAGUCAUAAAAAUGUGAGUUUGUGUAUCAUAAAAACACAACCCGGCUGUACAAACAAAACAUUUCGAAUUAAUUUUCACAUUCAUUCCAAAUUCUUCGUUCAGAAACCGGAAAUUCCACAGGAACACGUACAAAAUCUAGAGCUGGAUCUAGACCAGGAGGAACGCGAGUGGGCAGCCACGCGAAUAAAUGCCGCCGUGAGGGGUUUCCUGCUGCGUCGUCUCUUUAAAACGGAACAAGUCCAGCGGAUUGUGCAAACCAUCCGGGAUACAUUGAUCUUUGUGUUGAAUCUGCACCUGGAGACUCGUGGCAAGGAUGUGGAGGCGGAGGAGCCCGGUAAUUUGCGCCUUAAGGCGCGACUUCUGCAGCAGCUUUACUCCGCCAGCCGCACUCUGCAUCUAAUCUUUUUCCAGACGAGCACCAAGGAGCGCAUGGAGAUUAUCUCCCGGGACCGCAAGCGAAAGAAGCUCCUCGCAUUGAGCCCCAAACGUCGUUGAUCGAAAUUACUAAGUAGGUUACGGCUUUAAUGAGGUUUACAAGCCUAGAAAAAAAGGAAAUUUAAGGAAACUAAAAAAAAGAGAGGUUAUAUUUAAGGAAAGACUUUUGGCCUUAUAGGGAUAAUGCUUUUCAACGGUGUCCGUCCUUUACUAUACAUUUUAUAUCAACACCUUGCUUUUAUAGAUCAAGUCAAGUUAUAGGACAAGGAAUCUAAAUUUUAGAAUUAAAAAUAAGAAGUAUUUUCACA